AUGUCAAAACCGACACCGGGAAGAAGUAAAAGUAUCAUCAUUGAUGUUCCCAAAGAUUAUGAUAAAAAUGAUGAAAAAUCCAGUAAAGAGGAACCCAAAGAGGGACCUAAAUCAGGAGAAAAAAUAAAGAGGGGGUUAGAUUUACUUGAAAGAGUGGGGGUUAAAGAUGAUAUAGAAAGGAAGAUAAGCGAGAUAGAUCAUGAUACACCUGAAGAAAUUGCUAAAGAAACCGAAUUAAUUACUGAGAGGAUGAAUAAACUUGACGUAUUGAUCACCAUUGGACUUUACUACACAUCAUUAAUCAUGAAUUGGUUAACAUUACUCGGGGAAUCAAAAUCCGUAAAUGACUUCUUUUUUACCUUAUUCUUGGGAAGUUUUAAUCUAAAGGAAUGGGAAUUCUCAGAUGGAGAGUUGUCAUUAGUAGCAAAGAUAAGCGGAAUGACAACCACGUUACAAACCGGAUUAUUUAUAUUUAGUGGGUUAAUAAAUUUAGGAGCUAAGGCAUUACAUAAACCGGUACCAAGAAUCGUAGGGGGGCCAAUGUAUUACGGGGGACCAUUUCAAAUAAUUUACGUAUUUAAGUCACAAGCAAAAGCUUACACGAAUUCAAUCAAAAGUUUAGACGCUCAAAUAUCUCAAUGGCUAGGAUUUUUUAGUCAAGUAAUGGUCAUAGUAGCUGCCAGUUUUGCUGCUGUUAAUAGAGGGCAAGCCUUAGAUCCCUUCAUGUUCGCUGAUGAAAGUUUUAUCGGUCACGGGUACUCUCCCGAACCAAAUACCGAAGAUCAAUUCGGUGAUGUGAUUUCUCCUACAAAUACAACUCAGGUUACGAUGGCGAUUCAACAUGCUGCCUUAUUUUCCAAAGCUACUUAUAUGGUCUCGAUCUCUGCCAUCAUCAUGACUUCCUUUUUAAACAUUGUUCAAUGGUUGGCUGAUAUUUGGAGAGUUAAUAAUGAUGAUCUCAUCAUAUACACCAUAUUCAAGGUUCUUACAAGAGCAUUAUUAUGUCAACCCUGCAUUGGUGAUAAAUGGUUAAGUCAAAGAGGAAGAAAGGGAGGAAAUGUAGGUUUUCCUGGAGCAUCGCGUAUUGUUCCAUCUUCAGUGAGUUCUUCACCAUCAAAAUUAUCCCCAUUAAUCACGAAACCAACGCCUUAG